AUGCGGCUAAAUCAGAAAAGGGCGAGGCGGCUUGCGGCCCAGCGCGUUGUGGGAACCCAGCCGCGGUCUCAGCAGCUCCCGGACGGGCGAGAGCUCCGGGGUCGGAUUGUUGAAACGGAAGCCUAUUUGGGAGGGGAAGACACCGCUUCCCACUCAAGGGGGGGGCGACGGACCGCAAGGAACGCAGCCAUGUUCAUGCAGCCGGGCACGCUCUACGUGUACCAGAUCUACGGGAUCUACUUCUGCAUGAACGUCUCCAGCCAAGGGGAAGGAGCGGCAGUCCUUCUGCGCUCCCUGGAGCCUCUGCAGGGCCUGGACGCCAUGAGGGAGCUGCGCCUGGCUCGGCAGAGAGGGGGUGCCCGGCCUCUCAAGGACUGGCAGCUGUGCAACGGGCCCUCCAAACUCUGCCAGGCCCUGGCCAUCGAUCGGAGCUUUGAUCAGAAGGACCUGGCCUGCAACUCCGCCGUCUGGCUGGAGCCUCGACUGGAACCUCCUGGAGACGAAGUCCUCAUCUGCACCACACGCAUCGGCAUCAGUGGGGAGUGGGCCCAGAAGCCUCUGCGCUUCUACCUCCAGGGCAAUAAGUGUGUGAGCAUCACCGAUAAAAAAGCAGAGGGGAAGCCCCCUGGUACCACAUAGCACCAUCACGUAAAGAAAUGGGUUUAACGUGCAGUAUUGAACGGGCAUGAACACUGAUGCCAGCAGAGGACUAGAAGUGCUGUUUCAGAUUUAUUUAUGUAAAUAAACAUGUUUUACUCUC